GUCCGCUGUCUGUCUCGGGCGGGGGUGGGGACACAGGCUGAAGAGGAAGAAGCUGAAAGGGGAAGCAGCAGCUGAAGAGCUGGCAGGAGCCACCUGCGUGUGGAGAGUCUGCAGUCUGUCUGGAGCCAGCAUGGACACCAGGGCAGGGCCCCCAAAGAUGCCAACUCCUCCACACAGAGCAGCUGAAGCCCCAGGGCAGCCCCGUUCCGCAUCAUUCCACGGCCCAAUGGGCAGAGCCGGCUCGGUGUUGGGGCUGCUGGCCUUGCUGGGGCUGGGCAUUGUGACUUUCACCUACCGCCUGGCGCAAGUGUCCCCUCCUCCUGCCUGCUGCCUGCCACACUCUGAGGAAGAGCCACUUGGGUCCUGGGAGGCCCAGCCACAGAAGGACUCCUGCCAACUUGUGCUUGCUGAGAGCCUCCCCCAAGACUUGCCCUAUGCCGCUGGCAGCCCCUCAGCCCAGUCCCUGGCCCAGGCCUGGCUGCAGCUGCUGGACACUGCACAGGAGAGCAUCCACGUGGCCUCCUACUACUGGUCCCUCACAGGAUCUGACAUCGGGGUCAAUGACUCAUCCUCUCAGCCGGGUGAGGCCCUUCUGCAGAAGAUGCAGCAACUGCUGGCCAGGAACAUCUCACUGGCUGUGGCCACCAGUGGCACUGCACCAGCCAGGAACUCCACAGACCUUCGGGUACUGGCAGCCCACGGUGCCCAGGUCCGACAAGUGCCCAUGCAGCAGUUAACCGGGGGUGUCCUGCACUCCAAGUUCUGGGUCGUGGAUGGGCGGCAUGUCUACGUGGGCAGUGCCAACAUGGACUGGCGGUCGCUGACACAGGUGAAGGAGCUGGGUGCCAUCAUCUACAACUGCAGCAGCCUGGCCCAGGACCUGGAGAAAACUUUCCAGACCUACUGGGUGCUGGGAGCACCCCACGCUGUUCUCCCCAAGACCUGGCCCCAGAACUUCUCAUCCCACAUCAAUCGCUUCUUGCCCUUCAGAGGCCUCUUCGAUGGGGUACCCACCACUGCCUACUUCUCGGCUUCGCCUCCAGCGCUCUGUCCUCACGGCCGCACCCGGGACCUGGACACAGUGCUGGCGGUGAUGGCAGACGCUCGGGAGUUCAUCUGCAUCUCGGUGAUGGAGUACUUUCCCACCACUCGCUUCAGCCGCCCUGCCAGGUACUGGCCAGUGCUGGACAACGCACUGCGGGAGGCCGCCUUCAACCAAGGCGUGCGUGUACGCCUGCUGGUCAGCUGCUGGCUGCACACUGACCCUACCACAUUCCCAUACCUGCGAUCACUGCAGGCCUUCAGCAACCCCACAGCCGGCAUCUCAGUGGAUGUGAAAGUGUUCAUCGUGCCUGUGGGGAAUCACUCCAGCAUCCCAUUUAGCCGGGUGAGCCACAGCAAGUACAUGGUCACGGAGAAGGCGGCCUAUAUAGGCACCUCCAACUGGUCAGAAGACUACUUCAGCACCACCGCGGGGGUUGGCCUGGUGGUCCACCAGCAGCUGGCCCCAGCCCAGCCCGGGCAGCCCCCUGUGCAGGAGCAGCUGCGGCAGCUCUUCGAGCGGGACUGGCACUCCCAAUAUGCCGUGGGCCUAGACGGACACACGCUGGGCCAGGACUGUGUUUGGCAGGGCUGAGGCCAGCCCUGGCCCUGGCCCACAGCCCUCCGCAAAGGCUGCUGCCCUUCAGGUGCAGGUCAGGGGCAGAGCUGUGAAAGCAAAACAGCUGUGCUCGGCCUGAGCACUGCACGUCAGGCGAGGGCAGGUUCUGCAGCUCUGACUUACAGCUCCAGGGCCGCUCCAAUCUCAUGUGGCUAAGUGGGCCUGGGGAUGCCCACAGGUACUGGGGAAGAAGACCAUAGAGUAGAGAGGGGCCCAGCGGAGUACCCCCACUCACUGCAAGGGCCAUGGCCCCAGGUGUGGAUCAUGGUCCUGGUCACUGUCAAGCUGCAGCCCUAAUAAGAGACGCUUCUGGCCUGAGGCGUGGCUCGGGUCAAGGUCA